UGACAAAAAGGGCAAGACAACAAUCGUAUCGAAUAUCAGUCAAAAUCCAAAAUCUUUCAGUGACACAAUAUCUAAGACUUCGGCGUACCAACAACAAUUUCAUAAUGACCCCAAUAAAAAUAUUAAUGAUCAAAAUAACAACAAUAAUAAUACAUUUAUACCGUCAACACCUAACUAUCCUCAAAACAAACCUACGGGUCGGUGGAAUCAACAUCAAUCAAAACAACAAAAUCCACCAAAUAACAACACUUAUCUUCGUAACAACGACAAUAAUCAUCCACAUUAUCCAAAUAAUACAGUAAAUCGGAGUACUUGGUGUUUCAAUUGUAAACGAUCAAAUCACUCUUGGCCGGAAUGCUAUCAUAAUCCGAUGAAUCAACAAAACUUGCCGUAUGAUUAUCAACCGCCCGCUGUCAACAGUCGAUCGUUUCCAUCGGAUCAGGUUCGCAAUCGAGAACAACAGCCUAUUUACCGAAAUAAUCCACAUUUAAACGCAACAGGAAGCCGGUAUUAG